AUGUCCUCCGCGCACGCGCCCGCUCCCGCUCCCGCUCGCGGCACGCUGACCUCGCGCCCCUACGACUUGCGCGACUGCAGCGCGCUGGUACACAUGUGGAUGAAGCCGCCCGUGCGCGCCAAGUCCACAGAGCUCGUCGAGCUUCCCGGGAACUGGUGCAUCCCUCCCUCUUGCGCGGGGCCGAGGCUUGCGCGGGGCCAAGGACGUAGCCGCGCUGACGCCGCGCGGGGAUGCUCGGGCCAGGUCCAUCAAGUCGGCCCCGAAAUCGCACGGCUAGGUGAGCGCACGCUGUGCUUACCGGCGCGCGCAAAGGGCGGCGGUGCGGCGGUGCGUCGCUCGCCCUACGCGCUUCCCCCGCUUCCCCCGCUGGCUGUGGCGCUAUCGCCGAGGUGUGCCGCCGAACCCGCUGACCCGCUGGCAUGUGCGGCGCAGGCACGCUUGAUCGACGCGCUGGUCUCUGUGCUGCGUGAAGGUCGCCAGCCUUACCCGCUCUGGUCGUCCAUGGACCCGGCCUCUCGCUCGGUCUUCCUCCGGCGCGCAAGGCUGCGCGCACGCCCCGUCGCACGCUGCGGACGCGCCCGCGUCCCGUCGCUGUCUGCUCAUCUGGUCAAAACUGUAUGCAAACAGCUGGUGUACAAUGCGUCCCGAUCGCGCGCCAUCGACACUAUCAUUCUGCCGUGGACGCUGCGACUGACCACCGCGCCUCGCACAUCUCUCAACGCUCGCGCUUCUGCCACCCGCCUUCACACGAGCGCACACAUUUCCGACUCACAACGUCCCCCGUACUCCAACCUCAUGCCGUCGCGCGCGCGCCCUCCCGCAGCGUUCUCCAAUCAGACACGAGUCGACGCUAACAAAUUACCGACUGGUGCACGACGGCCACCACUCCCCUCCGCGACCGUCUUUAUAUCCUCCCCGCAGCCCCCUUCCCACGCUAUUAUUCCGGUCGCGCACCCACGCACGGACGCACACCUCCCCGCAUCACGGCGCCCCGCUGACGACGCAACGCAGCCGGUCGCGUAG